AUGCAAGUCUGUUGGUUGGAGGGUUGGGGGGUGGAAGGGAUUUAUCAAAAAGGUGAAGAAUUCAGGCCAAAUGGAGGGUCAUUCGACGUUAUAAAGGCCAGCGUCCCACUGGAGGAUGGUCACUACCCACUUUUUUCUUAUCCAGAAGUGGCCAAGGGUGGGUCGAUUGUGGAUGCUGUCUGUCCUCCGGGGGACCCCAUCAUGCGUCAUCGUAUCCUGAAUGCUACGAUCGUAUUGCUAGUACUAGUCGGAACAUCGGCCCCAAAGAGGCGUUACUCUCUGCUGCGGCCCGGUGGCUCGGGAGUCAAACACCCAAAGGAAAAUUACGUCACUUGCCAUUCCCCUGCCCGGGAAGCCGUAAGGCAAGUGACGAUACUGGGGUUUCAUGACCACUGCUGCCCGCGGAGGCUGCUGCUUGGUGUGUCUCAGACCACAUUCGAGCAAACACAACCAUCAUCUCCCUAUGAUCCAGUCCUACCAUCAUCGUACCAUGGCGGUGGAUCUCAGUCAUUCCUCGCCCUGCUCAAUCAUCCCGACUGUAGGCCACGUUAUACCCAGGACUCUGACCCCUUCAUGGACACUGCAAUUUUUAAUUUCUCCUUUCCUAUCUGCGUAGAAUGCGGGGAGCGGAGGCAUGACGACAUGUGGCAUCCUUCCUCUGGACCGAUCAUUGCCAUUGGCGGAAUGAGCAGUUGGUCCCAUGGUUACACGCAGUGGUCCGCCAGUAAGGUAAUAGUAGCCGUUAAUGCCACUGACCAGAUCUCUGACUGCCCCUCACAAUUUGUGAGCUUGCUUCUGGCGGAUGACCUGGACAAAUUGACCUUGCUGCAAGCCAUGCCGUCUCGCCGAAUCUGGCCUCCCGGACAAGGCCGCGGCAUCCACUCAUCUAUCGUUCACUUGGACUUCUUGGAUGCAUUGUUGGCCAACUACGCUCAUUCCCUGGUCAUAUUGCCAGGAAAAUCCGGGGUCUUGAGACGUGAGUAG